CAGCUGUUGCUGCUGGAAAUGUACGCGCGGUUGAAAGGAGCGCUCCUGAAUCAUUAUCAUCUAGAAUCAGGUGGACAUUUCUAGCCACGGCACCGCGUAUUCACUUCAACGACAACGAAUAGUUCUUGAAUUUUUUUAAGACAUUCAAAAAAAUUGUAGAAUAGACACUGCUGUCAUAUUUAUCCGUCAAUACCGGCUCAAACACAGAGUAACCUACAGUUAAGAACAGGGCAGAACGUGAUACCGGAGAUAUAUCAAAGAACAGUGUUAAGCCAUCUGUCAGACACGCAGACCGUAAACACAAUGGGAAGGAAGAAAAUACAAAUCUCUCGUAUCCUAGACCAGCGGAAUCGACAGGUGACAUUCACCAAGCGUAAGUUUGGCCUGAUGAAGAAAGCGUAUGAGCUGAGUGUACUGUGUGACUGUGAGAUCGCCCUCAUCAUCUUCAACAGCACCAACCGUCUGUUCCAGUACGCCAGCACUGACAUGGACAAGGUCCUGCUCAAGUACACAGAGUACAGCGAGCCUCACGAGAGCAGGACCAACACAGACAUACUGGAGACUCUGCGGAGGAAGGGCCUGGGCCUGGACGGGACAGAGCUGCUGGACACGGAGGAACCCAUGCAGGUGGCAGCGGAGAAGUAUGGCCCACACAGCGAGGGCAUGGACCUCUCCCUGGCCCGCCAGCGCUACUACGUUAGUACUCACACGGGUCUUAUCAGACAGGCCCCCUCCUUGCACUCACCAGAGGCCCAGUUCCUGGCGUCUACUGGCUGUGAGAAUGGAUACCCCAACUCCUCCAACCCCAGCCCGAGCUCCCACAGACCCCCGGCCUUCAAGCCCCUGGGCCCCAGACCAGGCUCAGCCAGCCCUGCAGGGCCCCACUGCCAUGCUGCCUUCAUGUCCCCACACUCAGGUAUUGGCAACUCUAUGUUCUCCCAUGGCAACCUGAGCCGGGCCUUGGAGAUGAAGACUCCUCCCCCUUUGAAUCUGGGCAGUGAGAACCGGCGGACAGAGAGCCACCCAGGCAUGGGUGGCACACGCGCCAACUUUAGCAGUUCUAGAGGCCUACUGUACCCGGGCAUGCACCCAGGGAACCACAUGCUGGCAAUGGGGAAGACAGGUCUGCUGACUCAUGGUCUGGGGGGCUACAGCCUCUCCUCUGCUGGACCAUCUGACUACAGUCACCCAGGUUUCUCCCAUGCUGUGAGUCUACAUCGUGGGACUGUGAACCCAUGGCAGACAGCACAACCACAGGAGCAGCAUGUACCUCACCUCAGCCCAGCGAUGUCCAGUGGAGGGUGCUCUUUUCCUUCUCAGUCCUCAACCCCCACCCCUCCUCCUCACCCCUCCCUCAACCUCAGCAUCAAAUCGGAGCGCUGCUCCCCGGAGCACAUCUGCUCCCCGACCUCACCGCCCGUGCGCCACUUGAGGCAGCACUCUCCAAUGAGCACCUCCAAUUCCGCUCACCACACCCCCCAGGAGCCCUACCCAGCCAAUGAGAGAGAGGAUUUCCCCAAAGGAGGUGUUCCCUACCCGGCUCAGCACGGGGCAGAGGAGAAAGGAGGGCUGCCCCUGAGGCAAUUAGAAAUCAGCGACGGGUGGCAAAGAUAGCUGGCAGCGACUACCACACACAAAAAUCCUGCCACAUGGUUUCCAACACACAGAGAGAGGUGAAUGGGGAGAUGGGGUUCACUCGUCCACAUCAUCCCAGAGGAAAGAAAGACCCCCCUUAAAGCUGGGCUGGACUCUCCAUUAUAGGCAAUGAACAUGUGGCACUGCCUCUCUGAUUUUGAUACAGUGGAGAAAAUACAGUGGGUGUGUUGUUGUUGGGUUUGGUUGGUUUGUCUGCGUGUUGGUUCAAAGGGGUGUCAAACCACACAUCUAUGUGGUUCUCUCCUCCUGCUUGGGCUACAGCACAGAGCAGGGCAGGGGUGAGAGCAUCAGUCAUUUAGCCACGUAGCUUAGAGCACAGUGUUUCAGAUUAAUGCUUCACAUUCAGGUCCCCAUUUAAUGUACAUAUAUAUAACUUUAAUGCUUAGUUUAUCCUUCAGCCCAAAAUCAAUGAAGUGGUCAGCUCACAGGAGACCAAUUAGGGAGCAGCAAGGUUCUAUUCAUCUGUCGUGGUCUCAAUGGGCAUGGCCUCGUGAUAGUGAGUGGGAAGUUGGUCUGGAUAGGAAUUGAUCACAGAAAAACAAAAAUGUAAUCUGCACUUAUGGAUUUUUGUAUUGAAAAUCUGUGCAUUUUUAAGUCUCUCAGGGAUUUAGAUCAUUGGUUCCUUUACAAAGGUUUAGUGUUGCUUUUAAUAAUACUGAGCAAAGCUGUUUGUUUUUACACUAUAUCCUGCAUAGUUUCAUUAUUUAUUUUUGGGCACUGGCCUUAAUCAUGAAAAAUUAUGACAUCAAUUUAAGACCAAAGGAUAUGGAAUGUGUUUAUUUUCUUAAUUAUGAAUAUUAAAUAUAAACCAAAGUUUAGCAUCUAAUGUAUUUCUAAAAAUAUCUAAAGGCAUGUAAGAAUUAUCCAUCAGUAGUAAUCAUUAUACAUCUUCAUCUAUUCCCCCUUGUGAACAAUUAAGGUCCAUAUUCAGUAUAACCAUUUUAUAAAGUUGAGCUUUUCUUUUGUUUAAAUCAAUGAAAAAGCUCAGGGCUGGACUACCGCAUUUGGAGUCACUGGGGAACCGACCUCCAGGUCCCCUGCUUUUCAACAUAUUUUGUAUUGGAAAAAUUUGCAGUUUUAUAUCAAAUCAAAUGGUGUAGUAGACCUUACAGUGAAAUGCUUACCUUACAAGCCCUUAACCAACAAUGCAGUUUUAAGUAAGAGAUUUUUUUUUAAGUAAGAGACAAGAAUAACAAACAAUUAAAGAGCAGCAGUAAAUAACAAUAGUGGAGCUACAUACAGGGGGUACCGGUUACCCCGGUGUCGAGGUAAUAUAGUUACCCCGGUGUCGAGGUAAUAUAGUUACCCCGGUGUCGAGGUAAUAGAGUUACCCCGGUGUCGAGGUAAUAUAGUUACCCCGGUGUCGAGGUAAUAUAGUUACCCCGGUGUCGAGGUAAUAUAGUUACCCCGGUGUCGAGGUAAUAUAGUUACCCCGGUGUCGAGGUAAUAGAGUUACCCCGGUGUCGAGGUAAUAGAGUUACCCCGGUGUCGAGGUAAUAUAGUUACCCCGGUGUCGAGGUAAUAUAGUUACCCCGGUGUCGAGGUAAUAGAGUUACCCCGGUGUCGAGGUAAUAUAGUUACCCCGGUGUCGAGGUAAUAGAGUUACCCCGGUGUCGAGGUAAUAUAGUUACCCCGGUGUCGAGGUAAUAUAGUUACCCCGGUGUCGAGGUAAUAGAGGUAAUAUGUACAGUGCCUUGCGAAAGUAUUCGGCCCCCUUGAACUUUGCGACCUUUUGCCACAUUUCAGGCUUCAAACAUAAAGAUAUAAAACUGUAUUUUUUUGUGAAGAAUCAACAACAAGUGGGACGCAAUCAUGAAGUGGAAGGACAUUUAUUGGAUAUUUCAAACUUUUUUAACAAAUCAAAAACUGAAAAAUUGGGCGUGCAAAAUUAUUCAGCCCCCUUAAGUUAAUACUUUGUAGCGCCACCUUUUGCUGCGAUUACAGCUGUAAGUCGCUUGGGGUAUGUCUCUAUCAGUUUUGCACAUCGAGAGACUGAAAUGUUUUCCCAUUCCUCCUUGCAAAACAGCUCGAGCUCAGUGAGGUUGGAUGGAGAGCAUUUGUGAACAGCAGUUUUCAGUUCUUUCCACAGAUUCUCGAUUGGAUUCAGGUCUGGACUUUGACUUGGCCAUUCUAACACCUGGAUAUGUUUAUUUUUGAACCAUUCCAUUGUAGAUUUUGCUUUAUGUUUUGGAUCAUUGUCUUGUUGGAAGACAAAUCUCCGUCCCAGUCUCAGGUCUUUUGCAGACUCCAUCAGGUUUUCUUCCAGAAUGGUCCUGUAUUUGGCUCCAUCCAUCUUCCCAUCAAUUUUAACCAUCUUCCCUGUCCCUGCUGAAGAGAAGCAGGCCCAAACCAUGAUGCUGCCACCACCAUGUUUGACAGUGGGGAUGGUGUGUUCAGGGUGAUGAGCUGUGUUGCUUUUACGCCAAACAUAACGUUUUGCAUUGUUGCCAAAAAGUUCAAUUUUGGUUUCAUCUGACCAGAGCACCAUCUUCCACAUGUUUGGUGUGUCUCCCAGGUGGCUUGUGGCAAACUUUAAACAACACUUUUUAUGGAUAUCUUUAAGAAAUGGCUUUCUUCUUGCCACUCUUCCAUAAAGGCCAGAUUUGUGCAAUAUACGACUGAUUGUUGUCCUAUGGACAGAGUCUCCCACCUCAGCUGUAGAUCUCUGCAGUUCAUCCAGAGUGAUCAUGGGCCUCUUGGCUGCAUCUCUGAUCAGUCUUCUCCUUGUAUGAGCUGAAAGUUUAGAGGGACGGCCAGGUCUUGGUAGAUUUGCAGUGGUCUGAUACUCCUUCCAUUUCAAUAUUAUCGCUUGCACAGUGCUCCUUGGGAUGUUUAAAGCUUGGGAAAUCUUUUUGUAUCCAAAUCCGGCUUUAAACAUCUUCACAACAGUAUCUCGGACCUGCCUGGUGUGUUCCUUGUUCUUCAUGAUGCUCUCUGCGCUUUUAACGGACCUCUGAGACUAUCACAGUGCAGGUGCAUUUAUACGGAGACUUGAUUACACACAGGUGGAUUGUAUUUAUCAUCAUUAGUCAUGUAGGUCAACAUUGGAUCAUUCAGAGAUCCUCACUGAACUUCUGGAGAGAGUUUGCUGCACUGAAAGUAAAGGGGCUGAAUAAUUUUGCACGCCUAAGCUGCGUAAGUUAACUUUUGUCUAUGAAAAAACACUUUUUAUUGCUUGUGUGAGUUUGUGUUUUUGAUUAUUCUUUUUUUAAUGAUGUUUGUGUAGUAUGUAUGCACUGGAUUUUUGGUGUGUUAUUGUUUCAUUUAUCCAUUUUGUGUUUAAAAAGUCUGCAAAAAUGUAUAAUGUAAAAUGACCUUGUAUCCAUUUUGUUUCUCAUUGUGGGUUUGUGUGUACAUUGAAGUUAACUAUUUUGUCCACAAGAGGGCAACAUAUUUCACACUAUCACUCUGGAGGCAAGACAGAAUGCAGGACAGAAUCAACCAUUACUAGUGGUUGUUAAUUCAUCUGACAAAAAUGACAGGUUCAAGCAGUGAACUGUGAUGGUAUUAAGAUAAAACUGCAUCAUUAGUGUAUUGAAGACAUACACAUAGAGCACUUCAAGUUAUGGUUGACAACAUGAAAUUAAUUUGUAUAUAUGUGUCCAUAUUGACACAAAUUACACUGAACAAAAAUAUAAACACAACAUGUAAAGUGUUCGUCCCAUGUUUCGUGAACUGAAAUAAAAGAUCCCAGAAAUGUCUCAUA